AUGAUUGCCCUGAUGCUUUCCAUGCUCCUGGGAGCUGCAGCCCCUUUGGAUGACAAGAUUGUUGGAGGAUACCAGUGUGAGGCUCACUCUCAGCCCUGGCAGGUGUCCCUUAACAUCGGCUACCACUUCUGUGGCGGCUCCCUCAUUAAUGACCAGUGGAUCAUCUCUGCUGCUCAUUGCUGGCAAAAGUUUAUUGCCAUCUUGGGAGACUACCACAUCUGGGAGCAUGAAGGCACUGAGCAGUACAUGUCAGUGGAUGCCAUCUACUGGCAUGAGAGCUAUGAUUACAGAACCCUGGACUAUGACAUCAUGCUGAUGAAGCUGGCACACCCAGUCACUGUGAACGAGUAUGUCAAGCCUGUCCUUCUACCCAAAGCUUGUCCCUCACCUGGGGACAUGUGCAUGGUAUCAGGAUGGGGGAAUAUCUACUCAGAUGAGGGUGAGGCAUCUCUAAACUUGGCAUGUGUGGAGGUCCCCAUCUUAUCCAACAAGGACUGUGAAACCUCCUACCCUGGGAAGAUCACUGAGCGCAUGGUGUGUGCUGGAUACCUGGAGGGGGGCAAGGACGCUUGCCAGGGUGACUCUGGCGGUCCUCUGGUGUGUAAUGGCGAGCUGCAGGGAAUCGUCUCUUGGGGUCAAGGCUGUGCUCUGCCUGACUACCCUGGUGUUUACACCAAAGUCUGUUCUCUGAUGCCCUGGAUCAACGAGAUCCUUUCCACAUACAGCUAG